AUGACAUGGGAGACAUUGGAACGUGGCACUGUGCUGCUGUGGUCUGAGUUUCCAACGUUGCUUUCCCUCCAGGUACAAUUUCAGAAGCUCCAGCAGCUGCGCCUCACGCAGUACCACGGAGGCUCCCUGCCCAACGUGAACCAGCUGCGGAGCAACGCGUCAGAGUUUCAGCCGUCAUUUCAUCAAGCUGACACUGUUCGAGGGACUCGGCACCACGGGCUUGUGGAGAGGCCAGCUCGGAGCCGCUUCCAUCCCCUCCACCGAAGGCCUGGGGACAAGCCAGGGCGCCCGUUGGAUGGUAGUGCAUCUGGAGCCGGUUACUCCUCCCAGGCUCUGGAUGAGAGCUGGCCAAGGCAGCAGCCUCCUUGGAAAGAAGAAAAACACCCUGGACUCAGGCUGACGUCGGCACUUAACAGGACCAAUUCUGACUCUGCUCUUCACACGAGUGCUCUGAGCACCAAGCCCCAGGACCCCUACGGAGGAGGGAGCCAGUCCACCUGGCCUGCCCCGUACAUGGGUGCUGCUACUGAUAUUUUGCUCUUUGGGGAAUGGGUCAUGCUUUCUACUGCAGUGACCUUUCAGCUGGCAUUUGGCCUCCUGGCUUUAUUUUUCUCUUUCCAGGUUCAGUCCUUGUCAGGGCGCCCUCGAUCCUGUGAUGUCGGAGGCAGCAAUGUUUUCCCACACAAUGGUCAAAACGUAGGCCUCUCCCCGUUUCUGGGGACCCUGAACACUGGGGGGUCGCUGCCCGACCUCACCAACCUCCACUACUCGGCGCCUCUGCCCGCCUCCCUGGACACCAGUGACCACCUCUUUGGCAGCAUGAGCGUGGGGAGCAGCGUGGGGAGCCUCCCAGCCGCGAUGACCCACCUGGGGAUACGGAGCUCCCCCGGUCUCCAGAGUUCUCGGAGUAACCCUUCCAUCCAGGCCACGCUCAGCAAGAUGGCCCCGUCCUCGCCCCUGAGCAGCCACGCGCAGAGCUCGGUCGCCAGUGCCUCCUCUCUCCACCCCUCGCUCCGUCUCUUUUCCCUUAGCAACCCAUCUCUUCCCACCACAAACCUGAGCGGCCCCUCUCGGCGCCGGCAGCCCCCCGUCAGCCCCCUCACGCUCUCCCCCCGCCCCGAGGCGCACCCAGGUUUCAGCAGGCAGCUCUCUUCGACCAGCCCGCUGAACCCACACCCCACCUCCCAGAUGGUGUCCUCAGAGCGAAGUCCGCUUUCCUUCCUGCCCACAGAAGCCCAGGUGUCCCCCCCGCCUCCGUACCCCACGCCCCAGGAGCUGCCCCAGCCGCUCCUGCAGCAGCCGUGUCCUCAGGAUCCCUCUGCUCAGCAGGCCCUGCCACAGACGGCCUUCCAGCUCCUCCCAUCCCAGGGCUCGUCUUUGACCAACUUCUUCCCAGACGUAGGCUUUGACGCACAGUCCCUCCGGUCAGGCCCGGCCUUCCCUCAGCAGGUGUCCCUGCAGCAAGACGCCCAAGACCUACAGGACUCCAUGCAUCUGAGACCAAACCUGUAUUCCAGCUGCGGGGACUUCCCCAACGCCGGCCUGACGGAAGAUUCCAGCACCAGCCUGUUCAAAGAUCUCAGCAGUGCUCUGGCAGGCAUGCCUGAAGUCAGCCUGAACGUGGACACUUCAUUUCCAUUGGAAGAGGAGCUCCACAUUGAGCCCCUGAGCCUGGAUGGACUCAGCAUGUUGAGUGACUCCAGCAUGGGCCUGCUCGACCCCUCUGUGGAAGAGACGUUUCGAGCAGACCGACUGUGAGCAGCACAUGC